GAGGUACACAUACGAGAUGACUUCUUCGCCGUCUGACCACCAACACCAACGACAAGGCACUUGUCGGUCAUCCUUUCGUGUAGUUCUACCCAUCGCGCCAGAGCAUAUCCGUACUUGGUAGGCAUGUCCACGAUGCAUCUUGCUCGGCCAAGCGGUGAGAUGGCCGACUUGCGCAUCGACUCCGACUCACCAACCCACCGAGCGAAUCCCCAAGAGUCAUUCGCGGAAACGACCGUUGAUGCCGACUCCUUCUACGGCAGACUGCGAAAGCUGUACGCCGACAAAGUGCUCAAGACUCAGCUGGACCAGCUCAGGAAACAGGGCAGCUAUUACGCUUUCAAUCUCAAAUGGAACCCCAAGUACGAGCUCGGAAGACUUCACGGUGGAAAGAGCUCAAUCACUGGCGGCAACGUCUGCUUGUUCUGGGAUUCAGAUGUCGCAAAAUGGAUCGAAGCAGCGUGUUACUUCCUCUCCUCGACUGAAGGCAAGGAGUCAGUUCAUCGUGAAGAAUACGAGUCCGCCAUCGAAGAACUGAUCGGAAUGAUGGAAAAGGCACAGGGCUCGGAUGGGUACUUGGGCACAUACUUCACCGUGGUUGAUCGUAAAGGAAGACUACAGAAUCUGAGAGACAUGCAUGAAUUGUACUGCUGCGGCCACUUGCUCGAAGCCGCUCUCGCCCACCAUCAGUACAGCCGCUCCACCAAGUUCUUGAACAUCAUGAUUCGAUAUGUCCGGCUCUUGAUGAAGAGUUUCGGACCCAAGUCCAAUCAAAAACAUGGCUAUCCAGGACAUCCAGAGCUCGAGCUCGCCAUGGUAAGACUAUAUCACCGGACCCGAGAUCCAGAGCACCUCGCCUUUGCACGCUAUCUGGUCGGCACCCGAGGUGUCAUCGAACCGGACCUGGGUAACCGCGCCUACUUCGUGUGGGAAGCAGAGCAGCGUCAAGACCCAUUUUACUACCGGACGAUGGACACCAUUACUGAUGGACGCUACGCCCAGUGGCACGCACCACUGAAGGAGCAAAAGACCAUACUGGGUCAUGCAGUGCGUGCCAUGUAUCUGGUCACUGCAGCUGCAGAUCUUGGUGACGACUUCUUGGACUCAGCCCGUAGACUGUGGAACGAUACGGUCGACAACAAGAUGUACCCCACUGGAGGAAUCGGUAGCGAUGAUCGAAUUGAGGGUUUUUCUGAGAGACCGCACUUCCUUCCUGACACCGAGAUCGAGGGCGGCUAUGCAGAAACGUGCGCCAGCAUCGGCUUAUGCAUGCUCGGUGAGCGUCUACUGAGCCACAACCUCGACGGCCGAGUGCGGGAUGUCCUGGAACGCAGUCUUCUGAACACUUCCCUGGGUGGUGGUAGCCUCGACGGCAAUCGCUUUUUCUAUGCAAAUCCUCUGGCGUCAGCACCGGGUGGUGAUACGAAGCGAUCGGAGUGGUUCGACUGUUGCUGUUGUCCUCCCAACUUGUGCCGGACCAUUGGACUGCUGGGCGGGUAUACCUGGUCGACGCAAAUCACUGCGACGACGAUCGAUCUGAACAUCUACCUGUACCUCUCCGCCACACGGCGCAUUCAACUUCCGGACUCUGGUUCCAGCGAAGCCAUCGUGCGCGCUACGAGCGAGAUGCCAUGGAAUGGGAAAACGGUCCUCGAUUUCUCCGCGCCUGCGCACUGGAGAUGGGUCGUCCAUCUCCCUGUCCCUGGCUACGCCAAGAAGUUCCGCAUGAACGGCAUUGCUCUUGCCGGCGAACCUACAAAUGGCUUCCACACUGUGCAUCUGCCCGCCACCUCCAAGAUAAUUAUUGAGUUCGACAUGCCGGUUAUGCUCGAGUCGCCUCACCCGGCGACGCAACAGGAUACGCUGACAGUCCUCCGCGGACCGCUUGUAUACACUGCAGAGAGCUGGGACAAC